CUCAAGGAGCCCACAAACAAAACGUCCCAGCUACAAGGGUCUUACACUGCCUCCUAAGAUCCAUAUAUAAACCAGCACACUAGAGCACGGAGAUAUAUAGAAGACUCAAGGGAAGAGUGACGUUUUACUUCCGUGGACUUGGAGUCUUCAGAGUUAACAGGUUUGUUUUGCUGAGACCUGAGGACACUUGUUGGAGAACCAUUUCUGAACUUUGCACAACACAGCACAGCUUUUGAAAAGAAUGGCUCAGCGACAGAACUCCGACCAAGACCCGACUAUUGAACUCUUCAUAAAGGCUGGCCACGAUGGAGAGAACAUGGGCAAUUGCCCCUUCUGCCAGAGGCUCUUCAUGGUCCUGUGGCUAAAAGGAGUGAAGUUCACCGUGACAACCGUCGACAUGAGGAAAAAACCAGCAGAGCUGAAGGAUUUGGCACCUGGGACCAACCCUCCGUUCCUCCUGUACAACGGCACCCUCAAGACGGACUUUAUCAAGAUCGAGGAGUUUCUGGAACAGACAUUGGCCCCUCCCAGGUAUCCACACCUUAGCCCACUCAGCAAAGAGUCCUUUGACGUGGGCGCUGACAUUUUCGCCAAGUUUUCUGCUUUCAUCAAGAAUAGCCCAGCCAACAGUACUUUCCAUGAGAAGGCGCUGCUGCGGGAGUUCAAGCGUCUGGAUCUCUACCUGACCUCCCCCGUCCCUGAAGAGAUUAACCAAAACUCCAGAGAAAACAUCCUUGUCUCCAAGAGGAAGUUCCUGGAUGGCAACCAUCUCACCCUGGCAGACUGCAACCUGCUGCCCAAGCUGCAUGUCAUCAAGAUUGCUGCCAAGAAGUACUGUGACUUUGACAUCCCGGUCCAGUUCACUGGUGUAUGGAGGUACCUGAACAAUGCCUACGAGAGGGAGGAGUUCAGUCAGACCUGCCCUGCCAACAUUGAGAUCGAGAAGGCUUACCUGGACGUAGCCAAUAAGAGGCUGUAAACCUAUAACCAAUCUUUAGCCAACAAUUACACAACCAUUACACAACUAUUACACAACAUUUCCUCUUUUACUGUUACCAUGGAAAUGGUAACCCAUUCACAAAACAUGAAGGAAUUUUGGGAGGGGCCAGCAAUCAUUAUUGAAAUAUCUCAUGUCAACUGUUUAAAAAUCAACAUUUAUAAAUUCCUGCAUGAGGAUGCAGAUAGGCAUUCUAGAAAUCAAAGUUCACAAAGAGACCCCUCCUGCUUAAUGUGCAUUAUGUUAAUUUAGCACUAUAGGGCAUGCACAAGAUGAACGACAAUGCCAUAUGUUUUACAGCGUGUGUAAUAGUAGGCUGCUACAGUAACUAAGGUCUAUGUAUGAAGAUAAGUACAGACUAUUUAUUUCAUGUAAUUAUACUGGCAAAUUUCAUUAUAUGCCACACUAAAUAGGCCAAGUGUACAAUUUGACUGUUUAUCUAAUUUAGUGAGUUUCUUUGUCCAUAGUGUAUAUAUUUCUUACAUGUUGUUUAUGACCUGUACACCCAUACUAUAAGAAUAUAUGAGUGUAUUCUAAUUAUGUUUAUGUGUGAUUGAAACUAGUGAUACAAAACCUAUUGUUGAUGGUUACCAUUACCACUCAGAAUAUUAAGCUCUCACCAACAAGACUACAGUCAAUUAGCAUGUAAAUAAGUGUGUGUGUGUGUGUGUGUGUGUGUGUGUGUGUGUGUGUGUGUGUGUGUGUGUGUGUGUGUGUGUGUGUGUGUGUGUGUGUGUGUGUUUGCUGAUCAUUUCAAAGCAUCCCAUAUACAGUAUAUGCAGUCAGUGAUUUAUGUGGUAUGAUUACACAAAAUGUGUAUUUACUGUGCAUUUCUAAAUUAGUCAACUGAAAUAUAGUUGACGUCUAAUUUUAGUGUUUAAUGUUGUUGACUUCAUUCUGCUUCCAAGCAUUAGUUCGAGGCAUGUACGUUGUGUAUUUGUAUAGAAAUUGAUAUGCAAUCUUACACAGUGUUGGUCUCUCAAAAACAAAGUUGUUCCGUUCAAUCCACACGAUAUAUUUCAUUUUAUUGUCAGCCAGUCUCAACGCAAGGCCCUUUUCAACCGGAUUAAAAAAUAUAUUUUCAUAAAUAAUUUAGUCUAGGGUUAUAAGUAUAAACAUUGUGUUGGGGAUGUACGUUUAAUAUGUAAUAAGGAACACAGCUUGGGGCGAGGGUGGCAAGAUAAGGUGUUAUUGUCCAGGCAUCGGCGAAACGUCUCUUAUCCUCCUUCACCGCACAGCUUCUAGUUUGUCACACAGUAUUUCCAGAAGCAUGCUAUCCAGGGAAGAAAGCGACAAAGAUAGACACAUGUCAAGAUUCUGUGCAUCAAUUCUGCCUUCAUGAGUCCUAUCAUGUUACAUCAUCUACUGUUUGUAUCCUGCCAGGCUAUACCCACCGGGCACAGACGUUAUUUCAACGUCUAUUCCACGUUAGUUCAAUAAACAACAUUGCUUCAA